AGAACGACCGAAAGGCCCAGUGAACCGGAAGGUUCAGUGAACGAUGUGAACCAAGUGAACUGGUGAACCGAAGAACCACUGAAUGAACGAGUGAAUGAAAAGACCCGGUGAGCGAAAAAGACCCGAAAAAAUCUCCAUGGGGACGCUGAAAGAACUGGUGAACGACUGGACCCGAUGACUAUUGUAAUCAGGGGGUCUUCCAGUUCAGCUUAUCGUUCUGAACUGCAGUAACACUUCGGGCCAGUGGGGGCGCUCAGAUCGAGUGGUGGUCAUUGUGAUCAGACAGAGCGCGAUGCCAAUGUAGUCACUGAUCUCAAGUCAGUGGAGCUGUACAGUUAGUGGAAGGUGCUUGGUGAGCUUGCGUGCCAGCUAUGGCUGGAUGUCGUCACGGCUGUUUGUCUCAUGCUGUUUAGUGAUAGGCUGCUUCCCGAAUUGCUGACUUGGACCGACGCGAACGUCAGUAAUAAUAAUAAUAGAUACUUUAUUAAUCUCCGUGGGGAAAUUAUUUUUACACCUCCUUCAACUUGCUUUCUGUUGGUGACAGCAAGCUGGUGGCGAAGGGCAGCCACCGCUUGCGGCUGAAGGACCCGCAGAUGUGCUGAGGCUGGGCUCGAACCGGCGAUCUUAUGCUCACAAGCAGAGACUUAGCAGGCAUUCCGCGCAUGCGUGUACAGUGGUUGGAAUCAUUUUGGUUCGUUCAGUUCACUUUAAAGACCCUUCGAAAAGACAAGUUCGUUCGUGAUUCGCACAUCACUAUAGUAACAUCUGUUUAUGCCCCAUGUUUUAAGACAAUCACUGUGUCGGGGUUCGUGUUUUGGUUUUCUGUUAUGAUUCCGAAAAAAGUCGCCAAGGCAGGUCAGACCCGCUGCGUUAAGAACAGUAGGUAACAUUCAGAGAGAAAACUGGACAAUAGAAUACGUAUUUUUCGCCUGUCCUAAAGGACAGAGUGUUAUCCGUCAUGUACGCAGCAAAUACAAAUUGCUGUUUUCCAAAAUUCCAAUGAGUAUGGUUCUGCCCUGUGAAGGUGAGAAUGUGACAUUCUUAGCCAAAAUUGUCACAGGCAAUGUGCUCUGACAGAUGUUUGUCCUGGUGCUGGAUUGUUCGGGUACACUGCAGCCCUAUGCAGGUGUCGUGGUUAGUGUACUGUUGUAACUCUGUCCCUUAUAGUAGUCCCAUGCCUGUGCAGUUAUCAUAAUCGUGAAGGCUGAACAAAGAUAUCAUGUAAUUGCAGCUCCCAAAUCAUUUGUAUCUCAUCCCUGUUUUAAAAGGUGACUUGACUGUUAGGACAAUUUCUGUCAAUCAGUUCAUGGUUGAUGUUUUUGUUGCCAGGCCACCUCACAUGAGUAAAUUAACUUUAUUUUGGAUGGUUUCAAUGAAGACACUAUUGUGUAUCUUUUUAUAUGAGAAUAUUAAAGACUUGGAAUGACAUUUGUUUCUAGUGUGUGUUUUCUGUGUGUGUGUAUAUAUAUAUAUAUAUAUAUAUAUAUAUGUAUUAUUCAACGUAUGUGUAUAUGUAUAAUAGAUAUGUAGAAUAUCAAGGGAUUUAUAACUCUUCAACUCAUGCAAAGUAUAUGCACUUAUUCUAAAUACAAGGAAAUUUAUAAUGUCCAGGUACGUGAGUAGAGGCAGUGCGUCGGGGUCCAUAAUCCAAUUUACUGCUGGCAAGUCAUACGGAUCUAUGUCGUUUAUUGUUUUUAGUUUGUCCAAAUAUGGUAGCUUGGUGUUGGGAUUUAAUUUCUCCUGGUAGAGUCCCUUUUCUGUCGCUUUUCCCUUCUCCAUCUCUUCUAAAACAUUAAAAAGCUUGUAUCCAAACACAGAGGUAACCCACAGCUUCCCCUCCAGUUCAGAUGCAACCCAUCCAGCUUGAACAGGUCCCAUCUGUUCCCGGAGGUCCCCCAGUGCCCCAUAAACCUGAACCCCUCUUUCCUACACUGACCUUUUAGCCACGCGUGUAAUCUCCUCAUCUCAGCUAACUUAGCCUGGCUUGUGCAUGUCAUGGGAAGUAUUCUGGAGAACACCAUCAUGGAUAUUCUGCUUCUAAGCUUAUCUGCGACUGUUUUUUUCCGCUGUAGAACAGUCCUCCUGGUUUGCUAAAGAAAAAUGAUCAGUCGGUGACAAUGAGAAAAUGGGAACUGAGUGUCUUUCAGAAUUGAGCUCAGCAGCAUACUUCCACUUUAUCUUUAUUUCUUGUGUUGAUGGCUGCAGAAGCAGAAUUCUUUGAUGUUCUGCUGUAUGUAAUGUGCCAGUUUGUGCCUUUGAGGGUGCAGUUACUUGUCACUGGGGCUGUGCCAGUUUGUGCCUUUGAGGGUGCAGUUACUUGUCACUGGGGCUGUGCCAGUUUGUGCCUUUGAGGGUGCAGUUACUUGUCACUGGGGCUGUACCGUCCAGGGUCUGCCAAAUGUAUGUAACUAGCUAAAUUAACCUUUUAGUCUAAUUUAAGGUACAGAAAUUAACUCUGAGGAACAUUUUUGUACGAAUGUGGGUACAUUGAUGUUAUUUGCCCCUUAGAGAACAAAACUGUGCUCUUUUUUCUCACAGUGUACUUGGCUUUGUCUCAGCAGUGUGUGGUUAGUUAUAAUGGUGUAAAGCAAAGUUCAAAGUCUGUUUUCAGACAAUAAAAUGUGGCAGGGUUACAAGUGAAUAAGUCACUUCAGACACCAGCAAGAAGCAAAAUCCAUGAGGGUGAAAACUGCCUGGCUGCCUAAGCAUGUUGCUGUGUGACUUUUUAGUUUGCUAGCGUACUGUGUCUUGAGAUCUGAAGAAGUAUGUAAACUUUGCUGGCAACAGAAAGCACUCGCAUGCACUACUUCUUACCUCGGAUCCUUCUUGGAUUACUGAUGAAUGACGAAAGAUGGCUGGUGUAAAACUGAAAUACAGAUGCUGCAGCAGAAUGAAGGAGAGUUGCACUCAUCUGCAGAAAGGCCUGCUCGCCGUCAUCAUCACAAAAGUGGCCAUGGCGCUUGUGCUGUUCGGAGCAGUGUGGUCCAUCACAGAGAAGGAGUGUCUACCUGGGGGGAAUCUCUUUGGGAUCGUGGUGUUAUUUAUUACCGCCGUCUGCGGGGGAAAGCUCAUGGCUCUCAUCCAGUGUGCCCCCCUGCCCCCUUUCCCCCCCCUCCUCGGAAUGCUACUGGCUGGGCUCGUCCUUCGUAAUGUGCCUUAUAUCACCUCUGCUGUCUACAUCGAUAGCAGAUGGUCCACUGCCUUGAGAAACAUUGCCCUCGCCAUCAUUUUGACCAGAGCUGGACUGGGGCUUGAUGCGUUGGCCUUGAGGAAGCUGAAGGCAGUGUGUGUGCGUGUCGCAGUGGGGCCCUGUACAGUGGAAGCCUGCACUGUAGCAGUAGUGUCUCACUUCCUGAUGAGUCUGCCCUGGAUCUGGAGUUUCCUUCUAGGGUUUGUGCUCAGCGCAGUGUCUCCAGCAGUGGUGGUUCCCUCCAUGCUGCUUCUGCAGAAGGAAGGCUUUGGGGUAGAGAAGGGGAUCCCCACGCUGCUGAUGGCUGCGGGGAGCUUUGAUGACAUCCUGGCCAUCACGGGCUUCUCCGCCUGCCUGGGCAUGGCCUUUGCCACAGGCUCCACCUGGAGCAGCCUGCUCAAAGGCAUCUUGGAGGUGCUUGGAGGCCUGACCAUUGGGCUGGUCUUGGGAUUCUUCCUUCGUUUUUUUCCAAGCGCAGACCAGGCACAGCUGGUGAUGAGGCGUGCCUUCCUGCUGUUGGGUCUCUCUGUCCUGGCGGUCUUUGGGAGCCGCAUUGCGGGGUUUUCGGGGGCCGGGGGUCUCUGUACCCUGGUCAUGGCCUUCCUGGCCGGACUGAGCUGGCGGGAGUCAAAGAUCCCCGUGGCUGGAUUUGUUGGGAUGGGCUGGACUGUCUUCCAGCCACUUCUGUUUGGAUUGAUUGGAGCUGAAAUUUCAGUCACUGCACUGGAUGUGAAUACUGUAGCUCUGGGUCUAGCAGCUCUCAGCACUGGGCUCGUUGUACGAGUUCUGUUCACUUUCACCAUGGUCCUGUUCGCGGGCUUCACUUUCAAGGAGAAGGUCUUCAUCGCUCUGGCUUGGCUCCCAAAGGCAACAGUGCAGGCUGCCAUUGGCUCCACGGCCCUGGACAUGGCCCAAGCUCAGGGGGACGCUGUCCUAGAGAAGUUUGGCAUGGACAUCCUCACAGUGGCAGUGCUGGCCAUCCUCACCACUGCUCCCAUAGGGGCCCUGAGCAUAAGCCUUGCUGGGCCACGGCUGCUGCAGAGGUCCACAACCACCUCACCAGAAAACCCACGCCCAGAAGGAGUUCCUGGAGAGCCAGCAAGACAUGUGGUAGAAACUGGCAUAACUAAAGAGAGUAAAUUAUGACUUGAAACUCAUUACGUGAGGAAGAAUGAGUGCAGCAUGGGAAAUACACUUCAGAACUGCUAAUGAAUCUUUUAACAAACAAACAGAUUUUAUUCUCUAAUAAUUACUCACAUAAAAUGUAUUAAAUGUACGUUUAUCUGGUAAAAGUGUUUUCUGCUUUCUUUAAGCAAGGUGGAUGUUUCUGAACACUGAAACAUUAAAUCAUUGGAGCAUAAAA